AUGGUCUUCAAACCUUUUACCCACCUCACUCGACAGAGCAUUGUCAAGUCUUUUACCCAUGGAUAUGCACAAUCCGUAGUCGCCGCUUCGCAAUCCUCUUAUGCCUCAUCAACAACAUCCUUUGGUGCCUUUGGAACUGCCCAUGGCCCCGGCCGACUCGGCAAGAACCAUUCACAGAUUGCCAAUGCAUUACCACACUCACCGUCUUCGAGUGGAGCCGCAACAAGUUCCAAGUCCUCCCACGCUGGUUCGCGGGAGUACGAAAAGGGGCUUGCUGCCUACCACGCUGCUUGGGUGCAGGCUCAUCCGGCCGAGGCAGAGGAAGAAUGGAGACAUUUCCAACUAGUCAAGCGUCGUGCUGCACGUGGCCCGGCUGAUGCUACAGAGGAGGCAGCCCUGGAGAGCGCAGAGCCGCGCAAAAGUCGCAAGGAGAGAAAAUCAGUGGAGCGUUCCUAUAGCACCAGUGCCGUCGAUGAGCUGAAGCAGGCCGAUGCGGCCGGUGAGUUGCCCAUCGACCCUGCGGCCCUGGCCCAGGAGGUGGAGGAAGUGUCCAAGCUCAUUGCUGCCGCGGAUUCAGAGGCAAUCAACCCAUCCGUUGCCGCUCAACCUGAGGCCGCUGUCGAACAAUCUCGGACGCAGAGUCCAGUCUCCUCCGAUGUCCACAGCUCUUCGAUUAGUCCAAGUACCUCUCAGACGUCCUUUUCGGACAGCCCCUCGCUGGCCUACGCCGAGCAUGUCGCAACUCUCGCGCGCAACCAUCGUUAUGCCGAAAUCCCUGCCGUGUUUGAGGCCAUGCUUGUGGCAGGUAUCCUGCCCACGGCCCCUGCAUACAAUGCCCUUCUCCUCGCUGCCAUCCAUCUCCCCAAGCCUAAGCACCAAGUGGUCCCGAAGGUCUUGGAGGUUUAUGCGGACAUGCUUCGUCGCAGUGUGGCGCCGAGCACGGAAACCUACACCAUCUUGAUUGAUCUCCUGGCGUCGCGUACGCUUGAAGUGGCCGGCCUGCAACAGGACCUUGUCGAGAAGCGGAGCCGCUUUGGCGGCAUGGAGGAGGCGGGCAAGUUCAUGUUCCACUCGCACCAGGCCGAAUUUGACAUUCUCGCCGAGGACCAUUCACUUGGCGUUGCAAUCCGCCUUUUCGAUGCCGCCACAGCCAGCCGGAAAACCCGCAUGUUUGCACCCGAGACCUAUCGUCUGCUGCUUUCGGCGUGCGCCGAGCAUGGCCGCAUCGAAGAUAUGAUCAGAAUUUACAGUCACCUGGAAUCAGCCAAGGUCAUCCCUCACACCACGGUCUUUUCUUCCAUGAUCAAGGGUUUUGCCUCGACUGGCGACCUGAGUAGCGCUGUCGAGUGUUACAAUGAAUACAAGGCGCUGGCCAUUGCUAAUGACAAUGGUGCCGCGAGUCUGAUUGACCGUGACGAUAACGAGGUGUACGCUGCACUGAUCAAAGCCUACGCCGCGUGUGACCGGGCUGUUGGUGGACUCCGAUUCUUCGACAAGAUAGUCGACUCGUUUGCCCCUGUCAAGGAUGUUCGAGAGGCUCAACUGGCUUCGCUACACGACGCUGUUGUACUCAAAGCACUAGUCCGUGAGCGUCUUGAAAGGCAUGCAUACUCGGAGGCAAUGAACCUCGUCGAGAAGUAUCCUCUCAGCUCCAGCGCUCGUGCCCGGGCUCUCGCGGAUGUUUGCGUCAAUGCUGCAGACAACAACGACGUUGCGAUGGCAAGCAAAGUGUUUGCUCAGCUUUCUCUCAAUGAGACUGGCUCUCCCCUCCCAGCUAUGGCAAUGCUGGCGCUUAAUGUUCGUCGGGGUGAUGUCGAGUCCGCCAGAUUCUACUGGAGCACUCUAUUGUCAUAUGCUCACAUUACUCCGGCUUUUAUUGAACCCACUGCCAUGUAUGCCGUGGCGCUCAUUGGUAGCGGUCACAUUGAUGAGGGUCUGUCGCAGGCUCGCCAGAUGUUUUCUCGGGCACGAGCUUCUGUUGGCACCCCUCAGGCCAAGGCGGAACUGGUUGAUGAAAUCGAUGAGGCUAUCGAGUUCAUUGGUCGGUUUUUGAGCGAGAAGCGCAUUGUUCCGCCGGUCAAUGCAAGCAUGAGUCUUCUCUGGGCCAUGGUAGAAAAUGGUGGCUUGGUCACCUCGGUCGCGGAUCAGGCACUCACCUCAUUUACGGCAGAGGGCAUUGCCCAGCUCAGCUGGAAGGACCUGACUUUGCUUCUCCAGGUCCAAUCGGGCAUGCUCAUGGGCCCUAUGGCCGACAUUGCAGCCGCCUCGCGCUUCGCUCAACUGUUGGACGUUACCAUGUCGAGUGGUAUGCCAAUUGACAAGCGCACAGCCCAAUUGAUUGAGCAGGCCCUGAGCUUCAUUGCUAAGGAUCGCCCUGAUCUCCUUCACCGUUUCCGGGAAUACCUCGUUCCGCGGUCUGCUUUGGCCCCGUUGUCCAAUCCCAAGGUCUCUUCACGAUUCUCGGCGAGCCCCCACGAGGAUGCCUUUGACCCGCAUGCAGCUUCUACUGACUUCAAAGGCUCCGUCGCUAUCGCUGAAACAUUGGAGAAAGGUCAUGGUUCAGUCAGUGCACGUCUCGAGGAAACCCUGAACAGAGUCAAGAGCAUGCGUCGGGCCGGUCGCCACCCUCGGUACGUCACUUAUGCAAAAUUGAUCUCAGCCGCUGCUCGGGACAACCGCGUUCAAACCAUGCACGAGGUGUUGGCUAUGGCUCGCCAUGAUGUGCCUCUCUUGACAGAAUACCGAGUUGUUCGUUACGGCUGGGUGUCCAUCUUGGACGCUAUGGUCGCUGGCUCUCUUGUACUCGGCGAUCGCGCUGCCGCUGCCAAGUAUCACCAAGAACUCCUUGACAUGGGGGCCACCCCGACGGCGAACACCUUUGGUUUGUACAUCACCACAUUGAAAGACACUGCAAAGACAUUUGACGAGGCAACAGAGGCUGUCAACAUUUUCCUGCGUGCCAAGUCGGAAGGCGUUGAGCCUUCCUCGUUUUUGUACAAUGCUCUGAUUGGCAAACUCGGCAAGGCUCGCAGAAUUGAUGACUGUCUCUUCUACUUCAGUGAGAUGCGCGCUCUUGGCAUUCGCCCUACGAGCGUCACAUACGGUACCAUUGUCAAUGCACUUUGCCGGGUCAGCGACGAAAAGCUCGCCGAGGAGCUCUUCGAGGAGAUGGAAAUUACUCCCAAUUAUCAACCUCGACCCGCUCCCUAUAACAGCAUGAUGCAGUUUUUCUUGACCACCAAACGGGAUCGGACCAAGGUCAUGGCUUACUUUGAGCGGAUGAAAUCGAAGAACAUUCGGCCAACUCUGCAUACGUACAAGUUGUUGGUUGAUUCUUAUGCCACGCUUGAGCCUGUCGAUAUGACGGCCGCCGAGGCCGUCAUCGAGGAGAUGCGCCGCAAUGGCGUCGCGCCAGAAGCUGUCCAUUUUGCUUCGCUUAUCCACGCCAAGGGCUGCGUUUUGCAUGACAUGGCUGGAGCCCGCGCAGUGUUUGAGCAGGUUAUUGCUGAUGGCCGCGUUCGUCUGCAGGCGUGCCUCUAUCAGGCUCUCUUUGAGGCCAUGGUAGCCAACCACUGCGUCGUCGAUACGGAAGCAUUGCUGAACGACAUGCACGCCCGUAACGUCGAGAUGACUCCUUAUAUUGCAAAUACCUUGAUUCAUGGCUGGGCACUAGAGAAAAAUCUUUCCCGCUCCGAGGAUAUCUAUAACAGUUUGGGCUCUGCCAAGCGGGAGCCUAGCACGUAUGAGGCGAUGAUCCGUGCAUACCUCUCGAUCGAAGACCGAGCCAAGGCCCAGGUCACUGCACAAGAGAUGCUCUCUCGUGGCUACCCUGCUGCCGUUUCAGCCAAAAUUACAGACUUGGUCAGCGGUGGAACCGGUUCUACCUCAGAAGCUAUGGCACAACUGUAA